AGUUCUUUACACACUCCUUCAAAUAAACUCAAUCUUUUAUUCUAUGAAAUGUCUCUUCAUUCAUUAGCGCAAUGGCAGCGGAAGCCUCACAAAACAUGAUCCUUCGCGUCAUUGAGAUGGACCGUGUAAGAAAAGUAAAACUCAGCUCUCGGCCAGCCUCUGUUGAGGCACUGAUUCAGAUUUUAAAAGAACAAUUGGAAUUGGACGCUGACUUCAGUUUGCAGUACGAAGAUCCAGACUUCGAUGGAAAACUUACUUCCUUGGUUGAAAUUGAGGAGUUGCCACAAAAAGCCGUUGUUCAUAUUUCACUUACACAAGAUUCCAGUUCUGUUGCGUCCACUGAAACACUGUCAGAUGUAUCAUCCCCGGAACGUCUAAGCAGAUGGCCUCCAGGUUCUUUUCAAAUUCCCACAUUUGGAUUUGACGUUGAGCUGACACUUAGACAAGGGAAUACUGAAUUUGAGAAGACUGGAAGACCUCUUAAGUUGUCAAGAGACCAAAAGCACGAUAUUUUAGAAAAACUUGCAUCUGUUAUAUUUGGGUUCAAGGCUUACCCAAGCGACAAAGAGAUAGCAAUGGUAGCGGAGGCUCUUGUGGCUAAACAUCCCUGUUUAAAAGAAGCAGGAUCUACCACUGGAUGGAAUGGAUGGAAGAACAGCAUCAAGUUCAAAAUGGGCAAUUACAGGACCAAGAUGAGAAGGGCUGGAUGCCAAGAGGUCACUGUAAAUGCUGGAAAAAGAAGCCAAAGAAACCCAGAGAAUGAACCUUCCCACUCCAACAUCAAACGACCCAAGCGUGCAGAAGUAAACUUUCUGCCCAACUUUCCCCAAGGGGAGGAUCCCUCAAGUCUUGAACAUCUGAGGCAGGUAAUUGUUGAAGAAGUAAAGAAGACCGAGAGAAACCUACCUCUCAUUAGUAAGAUGAUGCAGACCACGUUUGCCUUGCGGAGAAAGACCAUAGUGAUGUCCUGCCCACCAGUCAAACAGCUCAUGGACCUCUGGCCUGCUCUUCAGAUGCAGUCUGAGGUAUAUGCAGAGUUCCAGCGCAUAACAAACCAGAACCUGCCUAAUACAUUCUACGGAGAGCUUGAUCGGCACACUCCACGUUUGAUGACCUUAUUCAGGCAGAAGGCGUCCAAAACUGGAAGGACUUCAGAUGCUUUGGCUGCCAUUUUCAAAGUGCAUGAUGAACAGGUAAUUAAACAUUUCACAGGUUAA